ACUCCAAGGAGAGCUGCAUGCCCCUACUGUUAUCAGAGUUGAUGCGUAAAUAUUUUUGCUAAGUACAGGACGUCAACCUGAUUCUCUGGCACCGGUCUGGGCUUUAAUCGGUCACCUGACACACACACACACACACACACACAGAGGACUGUGCUCCGCGGCUCGGCUCCACCUCGCUCGGCGGGUGUGUGAAGAAGAUCCAGCCCGUUAUUUCAAGGUUAUCUCCUGCAGGAGCCUCACUUUCCGGAUCCUAUGGGAAUUCUGAUAACCGCGGUGUUUCUCUGGGCUGCCGUCGGAGUGGGAAGCCGGCCAGUAAUCUCACCCCUUAAUGAUGCAAAGGUUGAAUGUAUUAUUCAGGAGACACUGAAUGAAGAUGGGUCACUGCACGAUUGUGGCCCACAGCUAGCAGAUGAACUUGAUGAGGUGCACAGGCAUCAGGGUCUUCUCAGGGAGCUGCAGAAACUGGCUGAUGAUGAGAGAGAUAAGGAGCAUGAUGAUGAACGGCAGCGGUACGAGUACAAUCUGGCCAAUGACGAGAAGGAUGAGAAUGACUUCGAGGAGACGGGCGAGGACGAGAGAGAUCUGAGCAACCUCGCAAAGGAGACAGAGGGAGAGGAAGAAGACAAAACAGAGGAUGAUGACACCAAGGAGAAGGUGAUGGAGGAGCCGCGCAUUGAAGACAGAGAGAGGGAUGACGAGGAGGAACGAGCCAAGGAGCUCGAGGAGUUGCUUGCCGAAGAGCUCGCCAAGAAAGGCAAGGAGGAGAGAAAUGACGAAGAGCUCAAAGAGCUGCUGAAGGAGCUUAAAAAGAAGAGGUAUGAGGUGGUGAAGGAGAGGGAGAUCCAGAAAGGCGCUGGGACGGAGCACAAGGACAAGGUGGAGGACAAGAAGAAGGAGCAGCAGGACAAAGAAAAGAAGGAGGAAAUGGUGGAGGACUUGGAGAAGCAGAGGCUCGAGGAGAGGAGGAAGAAUGAGGUGGAACUGAUGGUGGAGAAAGAGAAGGUGGAAAAAGAGUUGAAGGAGCUGCUCAAGGAGCAGGACAGCAAGGGCAAGCCAGAGCAGGAGAGGGAGAGGAAGGAGAAGCAAGAGGAGCUGGAUGAACUCGUCAGGAAGAUGAAACGGGUGCAGGAGGAGGAACAGCAGGAGGUGCAGGGCAGGGAGAAAGAGGAAGACGAGGACCAAAAGACGGGGGAAGAGAAGAAGGAGGACAGUGAGAAGAAGAAGGAGGAGGGCGAGGAAGGAGACAAAGAGCCCGACUCUGAGAAAACAGAGACUGGAUUUAAGAAGGAAGAGGCAGCAAAGGAGGUGGAGGUGAAGGAGCCCCAGCAGAAGAGAGUAAUGGAGAAAGCGAGCGAUGAGGCUACACGGCAGUUUGAGCGGGAGCGGUACAAGGGAUGA